AUGACCGACUACAACUCCCUCUAUCAGCACGGUCUUUACCUGUCGCCAGAUCAGCAGGAUCUUCUCCUGGCUGCUCUAUCCUCCAACAAUCCGCCUGCAAAACAGCAGAAUAAUUCUCAUCCCCCGGCUUCCAAGUCAGACCCAGAGUCUACCCCUGGAACCACAGGUAGUUACAAUAUGAGCCCUGCAUUCGACCCCUCUAAUCCUCACUCGGGUGGCCUGGGAUAUGGUGAUGAUGAAAGUCCCUUCCUGGACUUCAACCCCGAGCUGGACUUUGACUUUCAAGGCUCCGAGAACUUGAUCGGUGAUAUUCCCGACAGCCUGCCGCAAUCGGAAGAACCCGAGCCGGGAGAGAAGCGGAAGGACAUCGAUGGCGAUGCGGAUGAGAAUGAAGCUUCUGGUAAGAAGCGAAGAGAAAGCGAUGAGAAGGCGGCAAAGAAGCCAGGAAGGAAGCCCUUGACUUCCGAGCCAACCUCAAAGCGGAAGGCACAGAACCGGGCUGCGCAGCGAGCGUUCCGUGAACGCAAGGAGAAACACUUGAAGGAUCUGGAAACGAAGGUAGAUGAGCUUCAGAAGGCUUCUGACAACGCGAAUCAGGAAAAUGGGUUGCUACGUGCUCAGAUUGACCGCCUGCAAGUCGAACUAAGAGAGUACCGCAAGCGUCUCUCCUGGCUGACCACCGGAACUGGUGUCUCUGCCAUGAAUGCCAUCCCAGGGGCCUAUCCCAACAGCAAGGGAUCGUACGGCCUUCAGAACAACGAUUUCAUGUUUGACUUCCCCAAAUUCGGGGAUCUUCCGGGCUCCCACAUUUUCAAUAAUGGCCAAUUGUCCAAGACGCAGCAGAGUGCUAAAGGGGAGCCAUCAACAGCAACCCCGCGUAACGACUCUCGUGUGCCAGGUGUUGUGAGCCGUAACUCUCUGAGCAGCUCUCAGUCCAACGGUGUACCCGCGGGCAGGACUCCCAGCUCCGUGUCCCAGCAGGGUUCCACUCCUGCGUCCACGAGGAAGUCUACGCCGAAGGUGUCCAUAUACAACGGCACGGCACACUCCACCUCUACGCACGACUCCUCUACAACUGACUCGCCAUCCUCCUCGUCCGAUUCCCACCAGAGCCAGAGUCUUUCUUCCAACGGCACAUCCCCGGAACCGACCAUUAAUUCUCCUGCUACUAAGGCCCACCACAAUCACGGUGCUCAUGAUGGUUGCACAUAUACCACCAUCGAUGGUGAGGAAUCCUUCUGCGCGCAACUUGGCAUGGCAUGUGGCAAUAUCAAUAACCCCAUUCCAGCCGUCCGGCAUAACAGCCAAAGCGCGUCAAAUACUCCUAGUCAGGAGGCUCCCCACGAGGAUGUUGCGGGUCUGGAUAUGCUCGCUCAGCAGAACGGAGGCCAGUUCGAUCCUGUUCUAUUCGGAGACUGGCGUGAGCCUCAGGAUGCCAUCCUGUCUCAGGACUUCGGAACAUUCUUUGACGAUGCUUUCCCCCUGCCCGAUCUGGGAAGCCCUUCACACAACCUCACGGAAGCGGCCACCCAACAACCACCGAAGAAGGACUUGAUCGCGGAGAUUGACAGCAAGUUGGAUGAAGAAGUUGUGCCUGGAGAAGACAAGUCUCAGAUGCUGAGUUGCACGAAGAUAUGGGAUCGUCUGCAAUCAAUGGAGAGAUUCCGCAACGGAGAGCUCGAUGUCGAUCAUCUUUGCUCCGAACUACGCAUGAAGGCGCGGUGUUCUGAGGGCGGUGUGGUCGUCAACCAGCAAGACGUUGACGACAUCAUGGGGCGGGCGAAGUAG